UUUACUGUUAACAUUUAACUAUAUAUUUUGUAGUUCUCCAUAAAUAUCCUGGUUUACUGUUUUAUUUUAUUUUUCUUAUACUCUUAAGCACUUUACGCUGCAUGCAGUCGCGCAAAAGUGAAGUGCGCAUGCUCAGAAACCAGUAGAGCAAGGACAGUAGAAAGGAUUAAUGAUUACAUGAUGAGCACACACACGCACACACACACGCACAGUGUUGGCUCCUCGGCUCACUAAAUCCGUGUAGGGGAACACACAACCCACCACGUGGGUAGGAGGAGAGCAACACACUGAGUCAUGAGACGGUCCGAAAAUCUAUCAACAACAGUCUGAUCGCUUAUCCAUUCCAGUAACAGUCCAAGAAAAAAGUAUUUAACAAUAACAGCUGAACGACACGUCCGGGGUGUUUCGCGACUGGAAAAUGUUUUUUGCAUGUUUAUUUUUGGACACCCAAACAGACGCCACUAUUUUGGCACAGUGAGUUUCUCCAGACGCGCUUGUUUGCGCCAUGGCGCACAGCCGCAGCGGCGUCCCUCACGGAGAAAGUGUGGAAAUGAAUGAAACAAAUUCUCUAAAGGGUUUGCAUUUCGGUUUUGGAGAUGAUCUGGAGCUGAACCAGUUUGAUGGCCUUCCCUACUCGUCCCGGUAUUAUAAACUCCUAAAGGAGAGACACCAGCUUCCCAUCUGGGAAUCGAGACAGGAGUUUAUGACAGUUUUAGAAACCAAUCAGCUCGUCAUCAUCUCGGGUACAACAAAAACUGGCAAAAGUACACAGGUUCCCCAGUGGUGUGCAGAGUUCUGUCUGUCAGCGCAGUACCAGCAUGGUGUUGUGGUGUGUAGUCAGAUCCAGAGACAGCAGGCUGUCGAUUUGGCCCUUCAUGUAGCUGAUGAGAUGGAUGUCAAUAUUGGCCAUGAGGUGGGCUACAGCAUUCCGCUGGAGAACUGCUGCUCCUCUGACACCAUUCUCAGAUACUGCACGGACGACGUGCUGCUGAGGGAGCUGAUGUCCGAUCCGUUACUAGAGCACUAUGGAGUGGUUGUGAUUGAUCAGGCCCACGAGCGCACCGUGAGCACAGACCUCCUUAUGGCUCUGCUCCGGGAAGUUCUCCUGCAGCGCGCAGAGCUUCGGGUGGUGCUGUUGUCCGUCAUACCAGCUUCUCAAACACUCCUCUCACACUUCAGCGGCGCAGCUCACCUCCACGUCGAGGCAUCACGCUCGCCUCAAGUCCUUCACAGCAGCCGAGGAAGUAUGGACAGCUUCUGUGCAGCUCUGAGACUCAUCCUGGAGGUGCACAGGACCAAAGAGCCCGGGGACAUCGCCGUGUUCCUCGCUUCAGAACAGGAGGUAGGCUGUGCCUGUAGUCUUCUGGCGAAAGAAGCAUCCAGGUUGAGCAGUAAUCUCGGAGAGCUGGUACCAGUGGCAGUGUGCCCAGGCCAUGCUGGGAUCUGUCCUCCAAUCCCACAGCACCAAAAGAGAGGCAGGAGGGUCUUUGUGUCCUGCAGUCAAUCUGAAGACAUGUUUUGGUCAGUGGACACGGUCAAUUUUGUGAUUGACACUGGAGUCGAGAAGAGAUUUGUGUAUAACCCGCGGUUGCGAGCCAGCUCGGAGGUGAUCAGACCCAUCAGUAGAUGUCGGGCAGAGAUCCGUAAACAGCUGGCUGGAUCAGCAGGGAAGUGUUUCUGCCUGUACCCUGAGGAGAAGGAGCUCUGUGCUGAGAUUCCUGCUCAGAUCCUAGAAGCGAACAUCACCCCGGCUGUGCUCUUCCUCAAGAGGAUGGAGGUGGCUGGAAUCGGACGCUGCAACUUCAUUAGCAGGCCGGAUCCUGAAGGUUUGAUGCAAGCUUUAGAAGAGCUGGAUUAUCUUGCCGCUUUGGACGAUGAUGGAAACCUUUCCGAGAUCGGGAUCAUAAUGUCCGAGUUCCCCUUAGACCCUCAGAUGGCUAAAGCUCUGUUAGCGUCAUGCGAGUUCGAGUGUACCAGUGAGGUGCUAACGAUUGCAGCCAUGUUAACAGCUCCAAGCUGCUUCCUAGAGCCCCCUGUUGGCAUGGAAACAGAAGCGAUGCUGUGUCACAUGAAGUUGUAUCAUCCAGACGGAGACCACUUCACGCUGAUCAACAUCUACAACACUUAUAAAUGUAGCCAGAGAGAGCCAUAUUUCACACAGGAGAAGUGGUGUCAGGAUUACUUUCUGUGCAGCGCGGCUCUGCAGACUGCAGACGCCAUAAGGGCCGAGCUGACUGACAUUCUGAAGAGGCUGGAGCUCCCGAUCUCUGAGCCAGCCUUCGGCACCAAAACCAACACAUUCAAUGUCAAGCGAGCGCUGCUGGCAGGGUUCUUUAUGCAGAUCGCUCGUGAUGUGGACGGCUCUGGAAACUAUUUCAUGCUGACCAAUAAGCACGUGGCGCAGCUUCACCGUCUUUCAGCUUAUGGGGCCAAAGCGCACAAACUUGGCCUGCCUGAGUGGGUGCUGUUUCACGAGUUCACGCUCAACAGCAGCAACUGCAUCCGUACCAUCACACAAAUCUCACCCAAGUUGUUCAUCGAAAUGGCACCGCAGUAUUUCUUCUACAACCUGCCCCCUAGUGAGUGUAAGGAGCUCCUGCAGCAUAUUUUGGAUACCGAGGUGGCCGGGAGUAAAAAGAGCAGACAGAAAAUCCAUCCUGUUAUUACAGACGCAGCAAAAGGAGAGGAGACCCAGUCUUAUGAUAGAUGUGUGAUACAGUAAUGUUAAUUACAGCAUAACACAAGGCUGUAGUCUGAACUCUCAGACUUGGGACAGACGUGCCUCACAGUGUGAAGUCUUUGUACUACUCAUAACAAAAACAAUAUCCUGGAGUACAAUGCUGAGAGAAAGAUGAUUUGAUUCAAAUGAAACUCAGACAGUUGUAAUAUAAAAUAUUUCAUACGGACAGACUAAGAAAGCGUCCCUGAGGAAUGUAUUUUUGUUCAUUUCAAGUAUGAAACACAGAUUUCAGACCAAUAAACUUGGUGUGUCUGGUGUACGUAGCGAACUGUUUAGUUAUUAAAGGUCCAGUCAGGUAUUUUGGUUUGAGGUUAGCUGAAACUUAUUUACUGAUUAUUGCAUUAAACCUGAUCUGGAUUUACGUGCACAGUGUUGUACAAAGCAGCCGUGCCUCCUUUGUAUCUGUCUCCAUCUAUCCAUCUACUCUAUGGCAAUCUCAAUCUAUCUGUAUCAAUCCUAAAUCAUUUUUCUAUUUCUACCUUUAUCUGUCCAUAUCUAUCUAUCUCUUUAGAUUUGUCUGAUCUAUCAUAUCGAUCCAUCCAUCUACCCAGUCUGUAUCUGUGUCUGUCGAUCUAUCACUGUUUUUUCUUUUCUGUCUACUUCUGUCUGCACACCUCUAGAUGUGUGGCCCAAACUUGAAGCCCAACAGCAGCUUUGAAGAACAGACCAAUCAUAUGUUGUCAAACAAUCAAUUCCAAGCAACUCGGAAAAUCUUGGUAAAACGUGUUUAAUUGAAGGCGUUCAGAAGACUUUGAGGUCCUGAUGGAUAUUCUAUCAACAGCGAGAGCGCUCGUAUGUGCCGAGCCUGGCUGCGUCCACACAGUAGUCCAUCACUGUCUCUAACAAGGGUGUGUUAUAAAGGGAUGAAAGACUAGGACACGUAAGGCUGAAGAGGAAGAGUGGUUGUGUUCAGAUUGUGAGAUAGUCCCUUAGCUUGUCCAUAAUUACUGGCAUUCUCUCCAUGGGGAUCAGACACACUGUCCGGAAGGGUUUCAUAGGUACGUCAUCAAAUGACCAUCGUCCUGAGUGACACGAAUCAGCUUCCUCCUGGACGGAGUAGUGAAACUUCACCACCGCUUGCUAUGAGUGACAAACAACAAGCCAGUAGAGCCACAAAAAGAAUGAUGUACUGAUAUAAUACGUUUUCUGUGUUGAAAAAUAUGAUAAAAGUGAAGUAUUGGAUAUUAUCUUUCUGUACCUCGUAAAAGAACUCCUCCUCUGCGUUAACGAACAUGGGCAUGUCUUUGGCCUGCCCUCGUGCUGGGACGCUCUUCUUGGCUUCUUGGCAUGUUUUGCUGAUCAUCAGACAGUAGUGACAUUUCCCACUGGGUUUAUUGGUCCUCUGUGCUUCAGACAUCUCCUCACUGUCCAAACAGUUAAACAUAUACAAUAUAUUUUACAUUAAAUUAUCUAUAUACAUCAUAUACUGUUCCACUGUACUGUUAAAUUGAGAAAUCAACUGUAAUUUUACACUUAGCUCAAAUUUAGAUGAUCAGCCAUGAAAUUAGACUAGAAUUACAAGGCUAACAUUAUAUCAUAAUAGCCUACUAACCCCAGGUAGCUCUCUCUCUCUCUCACUCCACACAUACAUACAUACAUACACACACACACACACACACACACACACACACACACACACACACACACAUAUAUAUAUAUAUAUAUAUAUAUCUGAAAUGUUUGUGUGUGUAUGUGUAUAUAUA